GGAAGAGAAACCGGUAAAAUUCUAUAGCCACGCGUGCAUUGUCACCGGCUAUUGUAGGUAUCCCGUCCAAAUCCAAACGAGCUUUCAGUUUAAAAUGAACCUUCAGCAAUCGACCCGUUUCUUCGUCGUUCUCCGCCCACGGAGUCACUGCUCUCUCUCGCCACGCCCUUCUGCUCUUCACUGCCAAACCCUAACCCUUUCUUUCCACCUCUUUUUGCCAUCUCAACACCAACAAUCUCUUCAUUUUCAUCUUCUCCGGAAAUUUUGACGUUCGUUGCUCAGCUUUCUUCGUUUUGAUCCACACCAAAUUCGCUUCUGGAAGCAAUUUAGAUAUCUUUCUUCAGCAAUGUCUGUGGCUACCAAGCUCCAAUCCCACGCUAAACCGGUUUUGGAGUCCCGAGUAAUUCUUGGACCUGGCGGGAACAGAGAUAGGGCGCCUGAGAAGCCGAAAUGUAAACAGGACACUUUGAAGAAGACAGAGAAGCAGAACAGGGCGCUUCCGAUGAUUUCUGAAUCGGUUAUUAGGGACAAUGUCUCCGUGGGGAGCUCCUGCUCUUCUGAUUCUGUAUCAAGUAAUUAUUCCGCCAAAUUGUUGAAACCCAAAGUCAAACCCUCCGCUGUGAAGCCUGUGAAGGCUGUUGCUGCUGGCGGUGACCUAAACGCCACCAUAAUGUCGCCUAGCCUCUCCCUUCCGGGGAAACGCUGUGAUUGGAUAACGCUACAUUCGGACCCACUUUACAUUGCUUUUCAUGACGAAGAAUGGGGAGUCCCAGUUCAUGACGACAAGAAGCUAUUUGAGUUGCUUGUAUUAUCACAAGCCUUAGCGGAACUUACUUGGCCCUUGAUUCUUAGCAAGAGAGAUAUAUUUAGGAAAGUUUUGAAUGAUUUUGACCCAUCUGCCAUCGCACAGUUCACAGAGAAUGAGUUUACAACACUAAAAGUAAAUGCCAUCCAGCUCCUGUCUGAACCAAAGCUUCGUGCAAUCGUCGAGAACGCCAAUCAAGUACUCAAGAUUCAACAGGAAUUUGGUUCCUUCAGCAACUAUUGUUGGAGCUUUGUUAACAAGAAGCCAAUACGAAACAGUUUCCGAUACAAUCGUCAAGUACCUGUAAAGACGCCAAAAGCGGAGUUCAUGAGCAAGGAUUUGAUCAGGAGAGGAUUUCGUUGCGUCGGGCCAACUGUGGUUUAUUCCUUCAUGCAGGUUGCUGGAAUUGUUAACGAUCACUUGGUUAAUUGCUUUAGAUAUCAAGAGUGCGAUGCAAAGAUAAAAGACGAUGCAAAAUUGAGAGUAGAAGAUAAACGCUCGGAAUCACUUACCGGAGCUUUGGAGAAGCCUUGCUUGACUAGGCCCUGACAUGUUCGUAGAAAAAGGUUCUCUCUAACUAAUCUUACGAAUAUCAUUGUAAUAAAAUCAUGAUGCUGAGUAGUUUGAGUUCCUUUUUUUAGAAUUUAUAAUUGCUUAUUUGUAGAUGAUGUAUUAACAUUGACGUUAUAACGUAAUUGUAAUUUGUAUUUACAAACAAAAACACCGUUGGUUUCAUGUGAUUAUUUCGCUUCUGUAAGACCCCUAAUCAUAAAUGCCUACAAACGUAGGGGCACAAAAGGGAAUAAUGAGCGAAGGAAGGAUUAAGUGGUAAUAUUCAGUGGAGAAGAUAUCCAACCCUCUUGAAUGUGUUGAAAAAUUAGGUUACUCUAGGUUAUUUGAUUCCUUGUUCUUGUUCCAUUUAUGUUGUUUAUCAUUUGUAACUUUUCCCUUGACGUUCAUAAAUAAAAUCUAUAUCAUUGCGUUGCUCUAUCUUGGGAACUUGUUGGGAAUUUCUGAUUGCAGGUGUGGAUUCUAAAUAAAUUGGUAUCAGAGCCUAGUUUGGAAAUUUGGGAAAGACGCGAGCCAAGAAGAAACGUGAGAUGGAAGAGAAGGUAGAUAGCAAUAUGAAGGGAAUCUCGGAACUCUGGGAAGAAAUGGUCGAAAAGAAGAAGAGCUUGGAACAAAUAGGUAUUACGGUGCAAUAUCUGACAGAGAUGCGAGAAAAAGAGGAAGCGAGCAUCACGAGGGAAACUCGGAAAUCCAAGACGACCGAGGAAGGAGAAUGGGAGAGCUCGCAGACAACGCUUAAUGGAGGAUCGAACGAUCGCAACAAAUACAAGAGGUUAGAAAUGCCCACAUUUAUUGGUGAACACCUUGAUUUCUGGGUUUAUAGGGCAAAACAUUACUUCGAGAUACAUGAGUUGACGGAUGAAGAGAAGAUUAAGGUCUCUGCUAUCGCAUUUUCACCUAAAGCUGUAGACUGGUUCAGAUGGGCUCACAAUCAAAGACCAAUACAGACAUGGGAGGAUUUGAAACGACAGAUGUUUGAUAGGUUUCGACCCACACAAGAAGGUACACUCCUUUCAUGACUCUUACGCAUUAAACAGGAAGGAUCUUAUGAAGACUAUCGAAACAAGUUCAAGACAUACGCAACACCAAUUCCAACUACGUUGGAGGAGGUACUGGAGAACUUCCUCAAUGGGUUAGCCCAUCAAUCAUGGCGGAAGUAGUAAGUCGACAUCCGGUGGGCCUGGAGGCAUGUAUGAAAGAGGCCCAAGUUGUGAGCAAUCGAAACUUGGCACUACAUAUGACGUAAUAGGAAGUGGGCCCAGGCCCAACAGCGGCCCAAAAGGUCUCUAACAAACAGUUUGCGAGAGGUGAGCCCAAAAUGAAAGGGAAUUGGGCCCCAAAUGAAAAGCUAAGAAGUGUUGUACUUGUUAGAAUCAGAAAACACGCAGUAGAAGUUAAAUGGAUCAAUAAGCAUUCUAAUUCA